AUGAGGAGCCAUGGGCGCUCUGACAAGUCCUCUGAGAAGUCCUCUGACAAGUCCUCUGACAAGUCCUCUGACAAGUCCUCUGACAAGUCCUCUGACAAGUCCUCUGACAAGUCCUCUGACAAGUCCUCUGACAAGUCCUCUGACAAGUCCUCUGACAAGUCCUCUGACAAGUCCUCUGACAAGUCCUCUGACAAGUCCUCUGAGAAGUCCUCUGAGAAGUCCUCUGACAAGUCCUCUGACAAGUCCUCUGACAAGUCCUCUGACAAGUCCUCUGACAAGUCCUCUGACAAGUCCUCUGAGAAGUCCUCUGAAGUCUCUCACUCUGACAAGUCCUCUGACAAGUCCUCUGAGAAGUCCUCUGAAUCCUCUGAGAAGUCCUCUGACAAGUCCUCUGACAAGUCCUCUGAGAAGUCCUCUGACAAGUCCUCUGACAAGUCCUCUGACAAGUCCUCUGAGAAGUCCUCUGACAAGUCCUCUGACAAGUCCUCUGACAAGUCCUCUGACAAGUCCUCUGACAAGUCCUCUGACAAGUCCUCUGACAAGUCCUCUGACAAGUCCUCUGACAAGUCCUCUGACAAGUCCUCUGAGAAGUCCUCUGACAAGUCCUCUGACAAGUCCUCUGACAAGUCCUCUGAGAAGUCCUCUGACAAGUCCUCUGAAAGUCCUCAAUCCUCUGACAAGUCCUCUGACAAGUCCUCUGAGAAGUCCUCUGAGAAGUCCUCUGACAAGUCCUCUGACAAGUCCUCUGAGAAGUCCUCUGACAAGUCCUCUGACAAGUCCUCUGACAAGUCCUCUGAGAAGUCCUCUGACAAGUCCUCUGACAAGUCCUCUGAGAAGUCCUCUGACAAGUCCUCUGACAAGUCCUCUGACAAGUCCUCUGACAAGUCCUCUGACAAGUCCUCUGAGAAGUCCUCUGACAAGUCCUCUGACAAGUCCUCUGACAAGUCCUCUGAGAAGUCCUCUGAGAAGUCCUCUGAGAAGUCCUCUGACAAGUCCUCUGACAAGUCCUCUGACAAGUCCUCUGACAAGUCCUCUGACAAGUCCUCUGACAAGUCCUCUGAGAAGUCCUCUGAGAAGUCCUCUGACAAGUCCUCUGACAAGUCCUCUGACAAGUCCUCUGACAAGUCCUCUGACAAGUCCUCUGACAAGUCCUCUGAGAAGUCCUCUGAGAAGUCCUCUGACAAGUCCUCUGACAAGUCCUCUGACAAGUCCUCUGACAAGUCCUCUGAGAAGUCCUCUGAGAAGUCCUCUGACAAGUCCUCUGACAAGUCCUCUGAGAAGUCCUCUGACAAGUCCUCUGACAAGUCCUCUGAGAAGUCCUCUGACAAGUCCUCUGACAAGUCCUCUGAGAAGUCCUCUGAGAAGUCCUCUGACAAGUCCUCUGAAAGUCCUCUGAGAAGUCCUCUGACAAGUCCUCUGACAAGUCCUCUGACAAGUCCUCUGACAAGUCCUCUGACAAGUCCUCUGACAAGUCCUCUGACAAGUCCUCUGACAAGUCCUCUGACAAGUCCUCUGACAAGUCCUCUGACAAGUCCUCUGACAAGUCCUCUGACAAGUCCUCUGACAAGUCCUCUGAAAUCCUCUGACAAGUCCUCUGACAAGUCCUCUGACAAGUCCUCUGAGAAGUCCUCUGACAAGUCCUCUGACAAGUCCUCUGACAAGUCCUCUGAGAAGUCCUCUGACAAGUCCUCUGACAAGUCCUCUGACAAGUCCUCUGACAAGUCCUCUGACAAGUCCUCUGACAAGUCCUCUGACAAGUCCUCUGACAAGUCCUCUGACAAGUCCUCUGACAAGUCCUCUGACAAGUCCUCUGAGAAGUCCUCUGAGAAGUCCUCUGACAAGUCCUCUGACAAGUCCUCUGAAGUCCUGAAGUCCUCUGACAAGUCCUCUGACAAGUCCUCUGAGAAGUCCUCUGACAAGUCCUCUGAGAAGUCCUCUGAGAAGUCCUCUGACAAGUCCUCUGAGAAGUCCUCUGAGAAGUCCUCUGACAAGUCCUCUGACAAGUCCUCUGACAAGUCCUCUGACAAGUCCUCUGAGAAGUCCUCUGACAAGUCCUCUGAGAAGUCCUCUGAGAAGUCCUCUGAGAAGUCCUCUGACAAGUCCUCUGACAAGUCCUCUGACAAGUCCUCUGACAAGUCCUCUGAGAAGUCCUCUGACAAGUCCUCUGACAAGUCCUCUGACAAGUCCUCUGAGAAGUCCUCUCUGUGUCUCUGCUCAGACUGCUUUUGA